GAAGAUGUUGCGCUGUGUGGAGUUGGAUACAAACGAGAAAUCUCUGUCAGGCGCUCUAAACGGGAAUAAACAUCAUUUUAUUUAAAUAACGACUAUUUCUUAAUCUCAUGUGGACAGUUUAAAGAAGUUAAGAUGCAUACAACUCGCAGUCCGUCCGCGUCCAUCCAGGCAGGAACGGUUGGGGACCUUUUGGACCUCAGUUUGACCGGUUCUCAGCUCACGAUGGGCCGCAGACCCAGCAGUGCUUCUCCAGGAAAGCACUUUUCCCGGUCCAUAUCUGUAUCCGUGGCCAGUGACGGCCGGGGGAAACGAAACACUUUGACUGAUGGUGGAUUGGGGAGUUCACGAGGAAUUAAGAACCUGCGCCGGUCCAACAGCACCACACAGGUGAACCAGCAGGCCAACACAAGCCUAAGCGAUGGGCACACAGAAGACUUCCUGGCUCUGUUCAACAGCAGCACUGAUGGACGCAGGAAACUGGCCAGUCUUUCCAAGACGUCCAAAGACCAAACUACCUGGAACAUCCUGGAUGAACAGCCGAGGGCGUUUCCUGUACCAAGCAGCUCUCACAGUACCUGCAGCAUGGAUUCUCCUACUGGACCGAAGAAGAGGGAGGCUGGAGUCUUUCUGGCGGCCAACUUCACUGCCAACAACAGGAGCAAUAAAGCCGCUGUGGGGAACUCCAUGACCACAAUUCUCCAUAACAACCACUCAGAGAAGCCCCUCACUCCCAAGAGCUCCAAUCAGAAACCAUCUUUUAAUAACAUCAUCAAAGCCACAGUGAAUGACGAUGUGUCUGCAGAUGUAGCCGGUUCUCUCACUAAGUCUCAGAAGAACUUCUCCUCGGCAUCCUCAGGCUCCAACAACAACAGCCCCCGAAGCACAGGUCAACCCCGUAGACGAGAGGUGACCGAGGAAGAGGCAGAGAGAUUUAUUCAGCAGGUAAAUCUUGCAGCUGUUACUAUCCAGCGUUGGUUUCGUCGCCAUACCAAUAGAAAGAGAGCCAAUGAAAAUGCUCUCAAGCAAGUUCUAGCAUCCAAAAAGAAGGAGAGGGGAAAGAGAGCAGAUGAGAAAACCUCUGAAUCAAUAAAGAAGAAAGAAGAUGAUAGAAAACGCAUCAGAGAGGAGAAAGCCCGUCUGGCACGACUUACUGCAAUACAGGAGCUUCAGCAGAAAAGAGCUCAACGGGCCGCAGAGGUCCACCAGAUAGCAGAGGAGGAGCUGGAGGCACGAAGACAAGGAAAAACAGGCCGUAAAAAACUUUCCAAGAGUUCACCAACUUCUCCCAUUGAUAUUAAAGCUAGAAACACAGAUUCUAAUGUGAACGUGGUUUCUGAUAUGGAAGAUGUGACAAAUCCGAGAGGCGUGUCACCUGUUGGUUCUCUGUGCAGAAGUUCUCCGUGUUCCCAGGAGAUACUGCAGAGGUCUGUAAGCAUGGAGGAUCAGCGCCAGGGGGCGCCAUCGAGUAGGACUCAGUCAAAAACCACCCUAAAUGAUUUGCUGGACACACUGAAACUCUUAGAAGAGGAGCCGGAGAGACUGUCCGAGCCUAAAAGCUGCAGAAAGGACAAGUACUCUUGGAUUGAUGAGGAUGGAGACUCCAACUCACUGACGACCGAUAACGUUGAACGACACAGACAGUUGAGUCAGGCUCCUGUCCUACCAGAUGGGGGCGCCCUGCUGUCUGAAGCCAAACUGCAAAGCAUUAUGAGCUUCCUGGAUGAGAUGGAGAAAUCUGAGCAGGAGAGACCACGCUCAGUCACCUCCGGAUCACACCGAGAGGUGGUUUUGUCAGAGGAGGACCAAGCAGUUGUAGAACAAGCAUCAGCCACAGCCGCUGAGGUUACCGGAUCCAUGAUGAGACAAAAACUGGAGCUGGAAGAAAAGAAGCGCACCAUAAAUAUGCUACAGACGGCGCUGGCUCAGCAGAGGGAGCUGACGAUCCGUCACAUAAAGGAAACAGAAAAAGAGCUCAAUCAUAACUUUCAGCAACACAAACAGCAGUAUGAAGCAACGAUACAAAGACACCUGACCUUUAUAGACCAGCUGAUUGAUGAUAAAAAGGCCCUGACUGAACGCUGUGAGGAGGUGGUUGGAGAACUCAAGCUGGUGGAUCAGAAGUACACUAAGAAGAUAGCUCAGAUGGAGGAACAACAUGAACUGGUGUGGCAAAUUCUGGCUCCCAUGUGUGAGGAGAUUAAGAAGCUGAAAGAGUUAAUGAGUGCCACGGAAAAGAUCCGCAGGGAGAAAUGGAUCGAUGAGAAGACCAAAAAGAUCAAGGAGAUUACAGUUAAAGGUCUGGAGCCAGAAAUCCAAAAGCUGAUCUCUAAACACAAACAGGAGCUGAAAAAACUUAAAGCUCUUCAUGAGGCUGACCUGCUCCAGGCGGACGAGAGGGCCGCUCAACGCUACGUCAGGCAGACUGAGGAACUGCGACAGCAGCUGGAGCGAGAGAGAGAUGAACAGUGUCAGAGAGAGAGAGAAAUGUCCAAGCAGAGGUUUGAGAAGCAGCUGCAGGAGGAAGAGAACGUUUUGCAGCAGCAGAGGAGACGUCUCUACAAGGAGGUUUCAGAGGAGAAAGAACGACUUGCACAGCUGGCAGCCAGGCAGCGUGCUGAACUCGAGGACUUAAGGAAGCAGCUGGAAGACAACAGUUCUCUGACAGGAAAAGCACUCAGAGAAGAGCUGGAGAAGAGCCGAGAAGAACAGGAAAGACGACACCAGGUCGAAAUAAAAGCCUUGAAGGAAAGACUUGAGAUUGAGAAACAGACAUGGGAAGAAAAUUACAUGAAGAAAGAGGAAGCUUGGCUGUUGAGCAGAGAGAGGGAGCUGAAAGAAGAAGUGCGCCGAGGGAGAGACAAAGAGAUCGAGCUGGCCAUCCAAAGAUUGGAGGAGGAAACCAGAGUGGCGAGAGAGGAGUGCGAGAGAGCGUCUGACAACCGGAUAAAGCGCGUGAGGGAGAAAUACGAAGCCGAGCUCAGAGAUCUGGAGCGUUCGGAGCGGGCGGCACUGCAGAAACAACAGGAGACGCGAGAGAAACAUAGCGAGAUGGAGGCCGAGCUUCUACGUCUGCAGUCCCUCUUAAGACAGAAAGAACAGGAUAUUAGUGACCUCUCCCAGUCACGUGACAAGCUGUCAGAGGAGCGCCGCAGCCUGGCUGAAGUGAUCAGGCAGGAAUUUGCUGAACGGUUGGUAGAGACAGAAGAAGAGAACAAGAGGAUUAAAAUCGAGGUGUCGGAGGCCAAGGCACGACUCCGGUUAGAGGUGGAACGAGUUAGUCGAGAGAAAGAGGAGGAGCUUGCUGAAGUGCAUCAAAGAGUGAAGUCGGCUAUUCUGAAGAAAGAAGAGACUGUGAAUAACCUGAGGAAACAGCAUGAGGCUGCGUUGAAGAGAGCAGAUCAUCUUGAAGCUUUGUUGGAACAGCAAAGAAAACAGCUCUUGGGGAAAUGAUUGACAAGUCAGGGCAUUGGGCCCUCCCACCACCCCAUCCCUUGUGUGAUACCAUCCCCUGCACAACAAAAUAUUUUUCCUCUAUUGUUUUGUCUGGUUUCUUUUGUGUGGGUAAACUGAGGAAUGAAAGAACAGUUUUGUUCCACCCAAAUCUCAUUUCAUGUCAAACCAUCCAUGACAUGAAAUUCCCAUGGGAGCAGGACAAAAAAUAAGAGACAAAAUCAAUUUUUAUGUUGCCUUGUUUUUGUGCGUCUCUCUUGCACGGAUUUAACCGAAUUGCAGACUCCACCCAACCCCUGGCAUCAUGCACAGAUAAAUUGGCAAAUCCUAGCGGAUGAUGUCACUAAGCCUGAAGAACAUGUUCGCUUUAUAUUUCACCUCAAAAUCAAAAGAACAAAAUAGGAAUUACAUUUUUACAGGGAAUAUUUUCCUAAAUAUUAAGAAUAUAUCUUUCUAUUUUUUUUAUUUUUUUUAACUAUUUAUAUGCCUUGCUAGUGCUGGUGCACUGGUUUUAAUUUUUAAAAACUUGAUUUUAACUUGUUACUGUUGUACACUAGAAAUUUACUGUAUUACAGUAAUGAUAAUCCUGUGAUCAUCUUAAAAAUAUUCAAAGGGUUGAACCUUUAUAAAGUUCUCACACUGAAAAAUCCUAAAUGGGCUUAAAAAAUAUUUUUUUUCUUUGACUUUUAGGGUGAAAUAUUUUAGCACUUGUUUUUGUGAGAUCCAACCCAGAAGUAAAAAACCCUUUGGCUGCUCACGGUGGCAUUCACUACAAUUAUUUUCCGGGUCCCCCCCUCUCCAGUUUGGGAAAUGUCAGAGUUUGGAGUAGACAAAAUCGUAACCCUCAACAUUAAAGUAAACCCCCGCCACCACUAUCAGCACAAAACUCCACGUCCACACUCCCCUUCCCCUAAUUUCCGCUGCAUACAGAUGCCUUUCGUCCCAAAGCCCCCAGGCCACCAAACAUGCUCGCACACAGCCCUUAGUGAAGCCCAACUUUUCGUCAAACAUCAGAUGGCAGCACAGAGGUUUUAGAGUGUUUCUUGACAAGAGAGAAGAAAAGUAUGAAGUGUUUUUUUUUGUAGAUUUAAAGGCAUUUGAAUGAAAAGCUCUCGUACAUGGCAUGCUGCUGUUUUGCGAUGAGUUGUGAUUGAGGUUAAGUUGAGAUGGAUAUAGAAAGUUGGAAAGAGAUUGAAAAUGAGACGAUUCAAAGAAGAAAAUAUUGACAGUGUUUGGUGAUGGCUGGACUUGACCGUACCUUGAUCAACAUCCUUGUUGGUAGAACAAUGGUUAAGCUAAGGGUUUGGUUUUGAAUUAAGUUUUUGUGUUUUAACUCAACAUUUACACCGAUUCCCCUAUUCCUGCCAACUACUGAAACACAUUAAUUACUUUGUUUCCUUAAACAAACAGGAGCAGGAUUCCUAACAAAAAACAAAGCAUGCAUGUUUGGUGACCUUGCGGAGACGUAGCAUAAUUGAUACUCUCUCUCCUUCUACAAUCUGUACCAAGCGUCCUGCCCAAGAGAGAAGCCGCCGGGACAAAUGCAGUACAGCAGGAGUUUAAAACAGUAGGGGAGGAAGGAAGGGAGGGAGGGACUUCACAACUCUCACUGGUCUUCUUUGUCCUUGUUUUCAUUUUUUGUAAAAUGACAUUGUUUUAAUAAGGAUGUACAUCAGCAAAACGAAACAAAGUGCAGUGCAACAAACUGCAGACAUGAAAUGGAGGACACUAGCAGCACCAAACAUAUGUGGGAAUCUGUUGUUUACUUGAAAGUUGAACUAUGUGAGCAGACCAUAGCUGACUUCCCUCCCAUUGUUUGAAGGAUUUUAUAUGUCAGAUUUUCCUGACGUGUUUUGUUUGGUGAACGGAUCCACACCACAGAGGUGUGAGGACAAAGUGCCUCGUUGUUGUUGGCUUAUGAGUGUUUCCUAGGGACAAACAGAUCAAGUGUGUCAUUUAAGUGUUGUCAAGCCUGUGAACUCUCGAUAAGCUUGCUGUUUAAAAUGCCGCAAGAGACCAAUUUGACUACAGCGUGCUGUCACGUGGCCCAGGCACACAAACAAGCAGCAUUUUUAAUGACUCUUUUGCAUAUAUCAGCAUCCGAGCCAUUUUAUUAGAACCUUAAUGUGAGGUUUUAUGUUAAAGACAUUCUGAGAAUGUUUCCAAUACGUUACGUAAAGGUUAGAAGUGAAUUUUGGCAGCAGAUGCAGGUCCUUGGCUGUCUUUUCCCCCCGUCGGUUGGCAUGGCUGGUGCGUGCCAGUCCCACUUGUGCCAAUGAACCCUUCUUUAAUGUGUGUGUGUAUGUGUGUGUGUGGUGUUUAAGAGCCAAGCGCCGGUCGCCAUUUUAUUCUGGUGUUUCGUAACUUUGAACCGAAAACACUAUUGUUAUUAUCUUAUAUUCAAUUCGUUGGGGAACUGUUCUCCCUGAGGUGACUCUUACAAGUUUUUGUGGUUUGUUUGUUUUCGCAUGUGCUGUUGCUUUUAAGUUAAAUAUGCUCUUAAACGUAGCUCUUAAUGUGACCUUUUUUACCCACUUCCUGUAUUUUGUUCGUCAGGAUUAAUAGCUUUGUUUUCCCGCAGUGAAGAAAAGAAUCUUCGAUUGUCAUUAAGAAAAUAAACCAUUAAAUGAA